CCUCUUAGCCCCUAGAGGGCCGGGAUUAAAGGUGUGAGGAACCACGCCCAGCUCUAACUUGUUUUUUGCUGUUCCAGGAGCGCAGUUAAAAGUCUGCCUGGGAGACGUGGUGCGUCUGUCGACUCCCUCUGCCUUCUGCAAGGCUUGGUGGGAAGGCCUCUGUCUCCAGUCCGCGUUGUCGUCGCCGCCAUGUCGGGAGGUGGUGUGAUUCGUGGCCCGGCCGGGAACAACGAUUGCCGCAUCUACGUGGGUAACCUACCUCCAGACAUCCGAACCAAGGACAUUGAGGACGUCUUUUAUAAAUACGGCGCGCUGCGCGACAUCGACCUCAAGAAUCGCCGCGGGGGACCGCCCUUCGCCUUCGUGGAGUUUGAGGACCCGCGAGACGCGGAGGACGCGGUGUGGGGCCGCGACGGCUACGACUACGAUGGCUACCGUCUGCGGGUGGAGUUUCCUCGAAGCGGCCGCGGCGCCGGCCCCGGCCGCGGCGGCGGCGGCGGCGGAGCUUCUCGAGGCCGCUAUGGGCCGCCAUUCAGACGCUCUGAAAACCGAGUGAUCGUCUCCGGACUGCCUCCCAGUGGAAGCUGGCAGGAUUUAAAGGAUCACAUGAGGGAAGCAGGAGAUGUAUGUUAUGCAGAUGUUUACCGAGAUGGCACUGGGGUCGUGGAAUUCGUGCGGAAAGAAGAUAUGACCUAUGCGCUUCGAAAACUGGAUAACACCAAGUUUAGAUCUCAUGAGGGAGAAACUGCCUACAUCCGCGUGAAGGCUGAUGGGCCCCGAAGUCCAAGUUACGGAAGAUCUCGGUCUCGGAGCCGCAGCCGCAGCAGGAGCCGCAGUCGCAGCAGAGGUCGUAGUCCGAGCCGGAGCCGGAGCCGCAGCCGCAGCCGGAGCUACAGCCGAAGUCCCAGCUACUCCCCAAGGCGAAGCGGCGGAUCUCCGCGCUCUUCUCGCCGUCAUCGAUCUCGCUCUCGUACAUAAGAUGACCGGUGACGCUUUUUGUAGAAUUUCUGUUGUAAUAAAGUUUUCCUUUACCCAGUA